AUGACAGAGGGCAGUCUGGUCCAUCAAACAUCAGACUGGGUGUUCCAGCUGGUCAACGUAUCCCUGGACCUCUCCCAGGCAGAGAGCUUCUGCAGCGGCCAGUUCAGCUCCCUCACCACCCUGGGACAGCCUGAAGACGAGGAGGGAACCCUGGAGCUCCAGAGGCGGGCAGGCCUGCAUGGACCCAUGUGGGUCAGGGACCCCAACAGACCAACGAGCAGGCCUCUGGCACUAGCCAAACAGUACAUGCUCUUCCAAGCCCUGAACUUUCCCAGGGAUUCUCAGGAGGGCUACGGUCGUGUCAACAUGAUGUUCCCGGCCCUGCCAGCGGUGAGCAUGUGUGUCCGCGUGCAGUGGGAUCCCCAGUGGGACCAGGUGUCCACCAUGUACUCCUAUGCCGCACCUGUCUUCACCAAUGAGUUCCAGCUGCGCGGGCAGGUGGACAGAACAGGACGCAUACUGCUGGCGCUCAUUGUCCAUGGGCAGCACCUCCCCUACAAGGCCUCCUUCCUCAACGAUGGGGCCUGGCACCACCUCUGUGUUACCUGGCGCAAGGCUGACGGCCACUGGGCUAUCUAUGUGGACGGGGAGAGAGGGGCCAUGGGCUCCAGGACUGACACCCCCAGGGACAUACAUGGAGAGGGCAUACUUAUCCUGGGGCAGGACCAGGACUCAUUUGGAGGGAACUUCACUGAACCCUUCGUAGGGAAUAUCACAGAUCUGAAUGUCUGGGACACAUCCUUGGAGCAGAGGCAGUUCCGUGCCCUGGACGGCUGCUCACCUUUGACCCAGCAAGCUAUCUUUACCUGGAGUAUUGAUAAUAUGACCCGUCACCCAGUGGUAAGAGAGGUGUCAGCCAAUCUGUUCUGCCCAGGGGUCCACAGGCAGAGGGAGAUGCAGGGCUGCAGGGCUCUAGAGGGCUGGUCUAGCCAACAGCUCCCCUUGUACAGCUCUGCAGACUGCUCCACCACACUCCCCUUCGUCUGCAGGAGCAGCAGGGAGCGCUAUGUUAAGAUGAAGGGGUUGAGUGAGUUUCAGAGCUCCCAUCCCAGUCCCUUCAUGAACCACCUCAUGCAGCUCUCCAAUGGAACACAGGGUGUGGAGGGUGUGAUUGGGGAGCAGUCAGGGGGCCAGAUGAGCUGGGGUCAGGUGUCCAGUCUGCUCAACAUGUCCAGGCAGGCCCUGGAAGACACCAAGGAGGGGCUGCAGCCUGGAGACAUGCUGUCCCUGGUCCAACUGCUGGUGCGGGCUGCAGACGUGCCCACAGACAUGGCCACGGAGGGGAACCACAGCCGGGCCACCAACAGCGCUGGGGAGCUCAGCCACACCUUCAUCACUGUGGCUGACAGCAUCAUCAGCCAGGACAACGUCCCCAAGUGGCAGGCCAUCAAACAGGUGGUGAGUGGACCGAUGACUGUGGUCAAGAGUAUUGACCGCAUGGUGACCAGUCUGAGCACUCGGCUGAUGGCAGAAACCGACCAUCUGCUCAUUCACAGCUCCAGCAUCAAGCUGGAGGUCCAGCAGCAGAGUCUGGGAGAGAAAUCUAGUGGGUCUAAGUUCUGUGGUCCAGUGGUGGACAGCGUCACCAACAUAGACUGCAUCUCAGUCCCCACACAGAACAUGCAGGAUCUCCAUGACAACGGCUUCCAGAUAGUGACUGUGGUGAACACGUGGUACAGUUCCCUGCGGCCUCUCUUCAACUCAGAGGAGAACAUCACCAUGUUUCCCAUCGUCACCGAUGGCAUCCAGCGGUACCUGGGCACCAUCCUGGGCUCUUCUGUCAUCUCUACUACAGUCCUGGGUGACGGACAGCCUGUCAGCAUGGCUGUACGCUUCCAGCUCCAACACAGAGCUCAGAAUCCUGUAGGGACCGUGUAUGACCCAGUCUGUGCAUUCUGGGACUUUGAUCUGAUGCCAGAGGCAGGGGGGUGGUGGUCUACUAGAGGAUGUGAGGUCAUCUCUAAACAAUACGACUCCACUGUCUGCUUCUGCAACCACACCACCAACUUUGCCCUGCUGAUGCAAGUCUAUGAAGUCCAGAGGAGUCCAGAGAAUGAAAAAGCCCUCCAGGUGAUGACGUUCAUUGGCUGUGGAGUGUCUCUGUGUGGCCUACUCUUCACCUUCAUCCUCUUCAUUGCUGUGGGAGUUCCUAAGUCUGACCGCACCACUGUCCAUAAGAACCUGAUCGUGGCUCUGGGAAUAGCUGAGCUUCUGCUAAUGUGCAGUGACUGGGCCUCUGCUAACGAGGGGGUGUGUCUGGUGGUGACAGCCCUGCUGCACUUUUUCUUCAUGGCCUCCUUCUCCUGGAUGCUGGUGGAGGGGCUGCUGCUGUGGAGUAAGGUGGUGUCUGUCAACAUCAGCGAGGACCGCAGGAUGAAGAUGUACUAUUCCAUCGGCUGGGAACUGUUCCCAGCCAAUCAGCUUUCUGCCGUCCCAGAGGGGUCCAGCCCAGACGUGGACCCACAGUCUGCCACCUCCCUCCAGCCCAGAGACCAGCGACAUCUCAGGCCCCGGCAGCACCACUUCCACAUCACUGGUCAUCAAGAGUGGUAG